AUGGCAUCAGCAGCAAGUCCAGGUGGUGUUUAUCAAGGUGGUAAUGGAACAUCAAAUUCACGUACACGUGAUUUUGGUCUUAGAGCACAAAAAAAAAUAUUAGGACGUGUUGUUGCAAGUGGAGCUGGUAGAUCAUUAUUUAUUGACGAUGCAACAACAUCAUUACUUGAUAAUUUAACUAAACUCAUGGAACGUGUUGCUAAAACUCAUCCAAAUAUUGAUAAAAAACAACCAGAAAAAGUACUUAAAAAUAUUGUUAAAUUAUCAAUCAAGAUUGGAUUACUUCAUCGUAAUAAUAAACUUGGUCCAGAUGAUAAUAAAAAAAUAUCUGAAAUACGUACAAAUUUACGUGCAACAGCAAUGUCUGUUGUGUCAUUUCAUGAACUUGAUUUUAGUUUUGAUCGUUUAUUUUUAACAAAAUCACUUGAUCGUACUAGAUCAGCAAUUCAAGAUUUAAUAAAAUAUCAUUUAACUGAUAAAUCACAAGAACGUUGUGAUCAAAUAUUUAAUUUUUUAACAAAUCCUGAUUUUCUUGAUGCAAUAUUUCAUCAAGGAUCAGAACAUAAUGCUAAUCUUGGUUUACUUGUUGCUGAUAUUAACAAAGCACUAGAUGCUGGUCAUCUAUAA